AUGGCUCCCAAGUUAGGCUACGAGCCUGUUGAUCCUACUAACGUUCCCCCACCUAGAGAAAUUGAGGUUUGGGUGCCUGGUGGAAUACGUGCUACUAUAGCCAUCCCACAUGGUGUGGACUCCGAUGACCCAAAAUGGGCCACACCUACUAAGCGAAUGGCGCUCAUUUUGCAUGGCCAAAUGGGUCAUAGGGAUUACUGUUACCAAAAAAUAUUGGCUCACAAAUUGGCAGCAUUCAGAGGUAUUUACUCGUUGAGGAUUGACUUUCGUGGUUGCGGCGCCCUGGAGGACUGUGCUGAUACCAAGUUAGGACGCGUUAUCAACUCUGACCUCGAGGAUAUAACGAGAUGUAUGGAGUUUAUCACCGAUCCAUCGUUGAAUCCACUUAAAACAGCUUUUGUUCCCCUGGCAAUUAUUGCCCACUCGAGAGGUGCAGUGGUGAUGUACCUUUGGGCCGUGCAGCAAGCAGCUCUUCUCAGAGCUGGCGACCCAGAACGGAAGGCGUUCCAGGUGCCAAACUUGGUGAGUUGCUCUACAAGAUACAAUACGCCUACCAAUUUUGAAAGAGAUGAUGUUAUCGAUGAUGACUUUGUCUCAAUGGAGAUGACAUGUCUUCGCCAUGGCAAGUAUCAGCUAGUGGUGGUGCCUCGCGAGGAAUUGCUUACGUUAAUUGCUGUCGACUUGACUUGUGUUAAGGAUCUUCCAGAUAGCUGGUCCGUUUUGAGUAUCUACGGUAUGGAAGAUGAUGUUGUUUCUCCAAACGAUGGAGCCCAAUUUUCAAACCUUCUCAGCAGAUGCCGCCACUCUCAUCACUUGGAGGUUAUCAAGAAUGCCGAUCAUACUUUCAUGGGUGUCCACCACAUCGAGUCUGAGGAAGACCAAGAGGAUUUCAAUCCUGAAGGUUUGCCUUUGGAUAAGAACAAGCUAGUCAACUACAGACAUCAUGCUGUGGCGGCCAUGUUGCAUUGGCUCAAGCCAGAGAAUGAGCUGCUCCGUUUCUUACAUGCAAACACUACGAUCGGAAACCAGUUUAGAUGGAAGGAUAUCGAUGGUCUUCUGAAUUUCAGAGAUGUUGGAGGUUGGCGUUUACUUAAGCCUACCUAUUCCAAGAGCCUGAAGCUUGGCCUGACAAUCUUUGUGAGGUCAAAUUACAUCUUCCGGUCAGCAUGUAUCAAUUCAAUCACACAAGAAGGCGCCCAAGCACUCAAGGCUUUGGGUGUCAAGACUAUCUUUGACCUUAGAUCUCCACAGGAGUCUGCCGGUGACAUCGAUCCAGGUUAUUUGUCUCAUGCUCGCAUCAAUCGUAUCACAAGUCCUAUCAUAGACCUUGAGAGGGUUGCCCCUGAGGAGCUCGCUAAGAGACUUGUCGCCAGUGCUACAUCGUCCAACAAGCUCGAGAAGGUUAACCAAGAGAUCUUAAGGGAAGGCGUGCAGCCACUCCGUACUAUCUUUACUUAUAUCAAGGAGCACCCUCAUGAGCCAUUCGUUAUAUCAUGCUCAAACGGCAGAGAGCUCACGGGCAUCGUCACCAUGUUGAUCUUGAGUUUGGCGGGCGUCGACAAGCAUACUGUUGCUAAUGAGCAUGCCUUAUCUGUCCAUGGAGUUAGCGCACCUCAGCAAGUUGCACACAACAAGGCGGUUGAAAGGGUAGCAACUAAUGGAACUGUAACGGACAAUAGCGUAUCCUUCGGCGAGGAAACACUAAUCAGCAUGUUCAGGACGCUCGAUAUUCUUGAAGAAGAAUUUGGUGGCGUCAAGAGCUACAUGACAAACCAUCUUGGCUUCGUUGAAUCAGAGGUCAAGGGCAUUUAUGACAAUUUGGUGACCCACCAAGCAAAGGGACCAGUUACGUUCCCUGUUUGCAAAAUCUAA